AUGGCCGAAACUCGAGACGCGGCAGCCGCCGAUGGGGUGCCCGGAACGCCCGCCAUAAUGGAAGUGAGACCCCAGACGGCGAACCAUGGCGGUAUCGGGUCGGGUGGGAUUCGAAGGGUGAAUUUCCGAGCGGAGAUUGACACGUCACCACCAUUUGGGUCGGUGAAAGAGGCCGUGACCCGGUUUGGAGGUAGCGGGCCUUGGAUACGGUUUUUUAACAGCAUUGAAGAUUUUGACAUAAAGAAAGUGGAGGAACAGGCAGCGGAGUUGGAAAAGGAUUUGAUUGUCAAAGAACUAGAAACUCUUGACGUGCUUGAAGAACUGGGAGCUACCAAGAAGAUUGUGGAGGACUUGAAGCAGCAAUUACAAAAAGAGGCUAUGAAAUGUUUUGUAUCUGGAGAUGUAAAUUCGUAUGAACAAGUUGGAACUCCUGUUAUUAAGGACAUGAAUAAGGAAAAUUGUGGAAAUAAUGUCAAUGAUCAAGAACAGAUGAUGCAAAUUCCAAGCCCGUGCUCUAUAAUGUCAUCAUCACCUGAUGUGAUCUUAAUGGAGUUGAAGCAAGCCAAGUUGAAUCUAGGCAAAACUAUAAAUGAACUUGGGGUGAUACAGUCCUCUGUUGAGACUUUGAAUAAGAAGAUGAAGAAGGAGAAAAUUUUUCUGGAGAGGACACGUGAAAACCUAGCAUCAAAGUUUGCAGCAGUGUCUGCUCUAGAGAAGGUCCAAGAGCAAACAAGAUUGACUCCACCAGCAUCUCAUGUAGAAUGUGCCUUUGGUAAGCCUGCAAAUACUAUGAUGAAUUUCAAUUCUGAUUCUGGGCAGUGCAAUAGAAUGGCUGAGACUAGAAGAUCUGAACCUUCAAAGCCCUUAAGUGUGUAUGAAGAAUAUGGAUUCAGUGUUAAGACUGCUGAGAUGAGGUGGCUUGCUGCUAAAAAGAUGGAAGAAGCUGCAAGAGCAGCAGAAGCUAUUGCUCUUGCUGAAAUCAAGGCUCUAUCUAAUGCUGAGAGAUCUUCAGGAUUUAUUCUGCCAGAACCUGAGAAAGUCACUUUUGCUUUUGGUGAUCGCUCUCCCCUAACCCCCAAGGCUCAGAUACCUGAGGAGUCAACCUUGAAGAAGGUAACAGAUUCCAAGUUUCAAAUUGAUGAAACAAAAAUUUCUAAACUGACUAUUUUGAAGAAGUUGGAGGAAGCAACUGAGGAAGUUCUACACAGCAAACAAGUCUUGACAGAUGCUUUAAACAGAGUUGAAACUGCAAACAGAAAGCAGCAUGCUGCCGAGGAGGCUCUGAGGAGAUGGAUUCCAGAGGAUGAUCUCAAGGGGUAUAACACUAUUAACUGUAACAAGCUUAAUCAAGGUGGAAUUUGUCAAGAUUCUCUGCAUGAUGUAACCAGGUCAACAGCAGCAAACAAAGAUCCAAAGCCAACAUUAAGGCCCACAAUUUCUAUGAGAGAUGUACUUAGCAGAAAGCAGGUUCCUGAAGGAUAUGCUACAAGAAAGGAGAUGGAAGAGCACACUGAAAGACAAAAGGUAGCAUUGAGUCAAAUGCUUCAAGCAUUGAGGGAGGAUCUAACUCUUCCAACAAAGACUGAGAAAGAUGGGAGCAAUCAGAAGCAGUUCAUACCACAGAGGAAGAAAUUUGGAUUCAUUCAUAUAUCACUCCCCCCCUUGACCAAACCAAACAAGAAAAGGGCAUGA